AUGACGACGCAGGCUGCUCCUGACAUCCGUGCGCGCUUCCCAGCAGACCAAUGCUCAGUGCUGAAGUGUGCAGGACUAUGGAAGAGGCACCAGCACAACCAGCAUCACAACCAGGAACCCUUGCACCCAGAUCAGCAGCAGUUCUGCCUUUCUCCAUCCCACAGAUCCCCUCCCACGAGUGAAAGUCCGUUCACGUGGCCACUACCUCCCGCACUAGAUUUACCAGCCACUGACGAGUUUCUCCCUGACGAGGCUUCACCCUGUUGGAUUUGGGCCCAGCAGCAGCCAUCGGCGCCCGCAAUCCCCGCCGCAACGGCCGCUGCCGCGCACACAGUCCCUGCGCCAGCCAUGGCGACAGCAGUGGCGACACAAGCGGCGUGGGAGACCACCCCCGCCACCAACUGCGGCGCAGCUAGCGGGUUUCAACCCACCGCAGACGCUGCCGUUCCAGCUGCCUCCGCUUCCCACUGCUCCUCUUCCGGCGUAAGCUUCCCCGCAACCCCCGCUUCCCCCUCGUCCGCAUCCGCUCCUGCCGCCACCACUACCCCUCUCCCACCCGCGUCCGCCGCCUCCGCCGCCCCCGCGCAGUCCCCGCCUUCCCUCCCCGUGGCGCAACUGGAAGAGCUGCUCCUAGACGACUGCGGAGUCCUCGAGAUCUCCAUCCCCCAGCGCCGCUUCCCCUCAUCCUUCCCCCCAUCCUUCGUCUCAUCCGCGGCCACGGGGAGCCUUGCGUCGACCCUCCCUACCGCGGGGACUCUCCCCAGCGCGGGAACCCCCUUCGCCGGAACUCCCGCGGAUCUGCGCGAGCAGGGGUUGAAUCUUUUCGCCAGCCUCCUUCCGCUUCUUUACACUCCGCGCUGCGCCGCCACCGCCGCCAUCGCCGCUUCCCCCGCGGGAGAGAAGCUCAAGCGCGCUCUCGCGUCGUCUCCGGCGGCUGCCGGCAUGUUCGAGGCGUUUGCCAACCAGCCGCUGCCGUCCCCCGCGCCUCUCGCAUCACCGAUGCUCUUCGAGCAGUUUCAGCAGCAUAUGCAGCAAUGGCCCGCGCCGCAGGUGGAGCAACAGGAGCAGUCCGAGCCGCAGGCGUCGGAGUCGAUUGCCGCGCCGCAGACCGACGAGGAUAUGGACGAGGCGCUUCCGGAAAUUGAGAGCCCGAAUAGCGUCGACGUGACCUCGCCGCACCGUGACCUCGACGACAGCUGCCUUGACGAGCCGCCGAGUUCCGCCGCCGCCGCCGCUACCGGCCCUGCCGCCGCUGUCGCCGCUCCGGCCUCCGUCGCUCCCAUCCCGUUCGCCCCGGCCAAGCCGACCGCCGGGAACGCUUUUGCUUCCGACUCUGUCCCUCUCGACGCUCCCGCCGCAACAAUCGCUGCGAAGCUCGAGCCAGUAGCCACGGAAGAGGCGGGAACAGCGGCGCCUUCUCCGGCGUCGCCUGCUGCGGAGCCGCUGGAUGACGGUUACUUCUGGCGUAAGUACGGGCAGAAAGCAGCGAAGGGCGCAGCGUAUCCGCGCGCGUAUUUCCGCUGCGCCGUUCCCCGCUGCCCGGCUAAGAAGACGGUCGAGCGUUCGUCCGAAGACGGCAGCACGAUGGAAAUCGUUUACCGCGAGGAGCACAACCACCCACGUGGGACUCUCCCCGGCCGCCGCGCUUCCCCUGCGUCGCAGGGCGGUGCGGGAGGGGCGCGCGUUUUGGUGACGGAGGAGAUGGGCGGGUUUAGCAGCGGCGGUGGCGGAAUCGAGCGUUCCCCGGUCAAGCCGCACCAGGCGCAACCGCAGCCGCAGCCGCAGUCCCAGGCUCCUUCCGCCGCUUCCCCCGCCUUCCCCGCAUCCGCUGAUCCCGCCGCCGCAUCCGCCGCAGCGGGACUCGCGCUGCUGGAGAGUCUGAGCACCGAGGAUCUCGCGCGCCUCGUCUCCGCACUCUCUUCCGACGCUAUGGCCGCCGCCACCGCCGUGCUCGAAGCGGCGGUCGCCGCCGGCGUGAUGGACAGCAGCCUGGGCGUCGCCGCCGCCGCCGCCACCGCCGCCGCAGCCGAGGAAGCCGCCAACGCUCGCCCCGCGUCUCCGCCGGUGUAUUCCCCCGCCGAUCUCGCGGCCGCUGCCGUGAACGCCACCGCUGUUGUUACCGCCGCCACCGCCGCUGCUGAGGUGGCUCGGGGGCAUAUGAUCCGAUCCGCGUCGGACAGGGGAGCUCCGGAAGCAGCGGCAGGCUUGGCAGCAGGCUCGGCAAACGCUGGCGCGGUCCUUUUCCGUUCCGUAUCGGCUCCUAAGGACGAGUGCGAUGACCAAUCCUCCUCCGGGAAUACCGGCGGGAUUGCAGGAAUUUCCAGCGAUGCUCUUGCUGCUGUAGCUGCUCUCACGCGCGGGUCAGCCAUAGCUGUCGAACCGUCAAGUUGCAGCACGGGAAGCGCCGGCAGCACGGGUAGCCGUCAUAAGCGCCGGUCGACGGAAGAAUUUGACAUCACUGUCAGCCCGUCUUCCCCGAGCCUGCACUCUGUGACUCUAACGAAAGGUGCUGGUAAUGCGUUUAACGAGGGUGGUAACGUCUCUGGAAGCAUUUCGCCUGCUGGCGGUAGGGGGAAAAGGAUGCGCACUGGAGGAAACUCUGGCGGAAGGGGGAGCGGAGGGCGCGGAAGUGGAAGCGGAAGCGGGGGAGGAAACGCAGACGGACAGACGGUUACGAUGACAGUCGUGCAGGUUGAGGGAACUGGCCGGGAUGUGGUUGGCGACGUGGAGGAUGGUUACCGCUGGCGAAAGUACGGUCAGAAGGCGAUAAAAGCGAGUCCUUACGAAAGGAGUUAUUUCAGGUGUAGCAAGGAUGGUUGCGGGGCGAGGCGGGUUAUUGAACGCUGCCCGGAACAACCUGAAGAUGAGAGUGUAGCUGCGACUCACACGAAUCUGCUUGUGACUUAUAUCGGAGUGCAUUCUCACGCACGGCCGUUCCGAGCCAAGGUGAUCUACAAGCCCGUUCUGGACGCUUCUCAGGAACCCCCUGCUGACGUGGCGAACCCUAAUUUCGCUGCUGUUGCUGGUGGUGCUGACAGCGCAACAUUGGUUUCUGCUCAGAUUCCCGAGACGCUCCCAGAACGAGCCUGUGAGCAGCAGAGCGCGAAUCCAACGGAUUUGACCCAAGCUGAAGAAACGGGGAAUGGUGAGGGCAUGCAGAUGGCGAUGCCGCAUCUCCGGGAUCUCAAGAUUGAGGAUUUCGCUUUUGGUGACCUGCCCACGCUUUGGUGA